UGCGGUCAUGCGCAUGAGCUUACCUAUACGGAACUAGGCGGUGCAUUGAAUGGUAGUGAUUAUCUAUUAGCUAUCUUGAAGAAGAUAAAAUAGAAAGUUCUGUUUGGGCUUUAGUGCUUUGGUUGAACUGCAAAGGUGAUAGUGUCGUUGCACGGUGGACUUUCGUUAUGUCCUGUCAGUAUCUGCUGCUGCAGCUGCUGCUGCUGAGUGCGGGAAUCUCUGCGGUGGAGGUCCAGCGUCCUCGCGGUGUCCCUUUGUCAAAGCGGCAGUUUUACGAAGAGGGUAAACCCUUUACCUGCCUGGAUGGCUCCCGCACCAUUCCGUUUGACAGGGUAAAUGAUGACUACUGUGACUGCCAUGACGGUUCUGAUGAGCCAGGCACCGCAGCUUGUCCCAACGGCAGCUUUCAUUGCACCAAUGCAGGUUUCCGUCCAGCCUUCAUCCCGUCUUCUCGCAUCAAUGAUGGGAUUUGCGACUGCUGUGACACAACUGAUGAGUACAACAGUGGUGCUGCCUGUCAGAACACAUGCAAGGAGCUGGGCCGCAAAGAGAGAGAGAGCUUGCAGAAGAUGGCUGAAAUUGCAAAAGAAGGCUUUCUGUUUAAGCAGCAACUUAUCCACGAGGCCAGAAGUGGUCUAGAGGAGAAGAAGGCCAAACUUGCAGAUGUUCAGGGCAGUAAGAAGGAUCUGGAAGCAAAGGUGGAGGCUCUGAGAACAGUAAAGGAGACUGCAGAGCAGCCAGAGAGAGAAGCUAAAGAGCGCCAUCUGAAGGUUUGGGAAGAUCAAAAGGCUCUUAUUCGCAUGGAGAAAGAUAAAGCUAGAAUGGCUGAGGUGUUUCUUGAACUCGAUGAUGAUGGAGAUGGCUUUGUGUCAGUGCCUGAGCUUCUGUCUCAUUCUGAGCUUGAUCCAGAUGCAGAUGGUUCCUUCACAGAAGCAGAGGCGCAGGGACUGUUGGGAGGAGUGGAUGAAGUAGACACAGGAGCAUUUGAGUCUGUUUGGAAUAACUUAAAAGAAAAAUACAUAUCAGAGUCCACCGCAGACACCCCAGCACCAGAGGAGACUUCCCGGGAGGAAAUAAAUGAGUCAGUCCUUGACAAUGAAUCUGAUCAGUACCCUGACGAUGACAUUCCAGAGGAUGAGGAAGAAGAUGAUGAUGAAGAGGAUGAAGAUGAUGACCAGAAUGAGCACGACUAUAAGAUCCCUCCUACAGCACGAACUGAAGAAAAGAAGGAUGACGAUGAGGGGACCAUGCCUCCCUAUGACCAAGAAACGCAGAACCUCAUUGAUGCUGCUCAGAAAGCCAGGGAUGAGUUUGAUGAGGCUGAGAGAGCUCUCCGGGAAAUAGAUGAUCAGAUCAGGAACCUUGAGAAGGAAAUCUCCUUUGACUUUGGACCCAGUUCUGAAUUUGCCUACCUCUAUAGCCAGUGUUACGAGUUGACUACAAGCGAGUAUAUCUAUAGACUCUGUCCAUUCAACAAGGUAACCCAGAAACCCAAGUAUGGCGGAUCAGAAACAAACUUGGGAACUUGGGGGAAAUGGGCUGGUCCUGAAGACAACAUCUACUCUGUAAUGAAGUAUGAACACGGAACAGGUUGCUGGCAAGGCCCCAGCAGAUCCACCACAGUUAAAUUAACAUGUGGAAAGGAGACAGUUGUGACCUCUACUUCAGAGCCUAGUCGCUGUGAGUACCUGAUGGAGUUUAUCAGCCCUGCAAUCUGUCAGGAGCCACCGAACCCGGAUUUACUGAUUCAUGAGCAUCAAGAGCUCUAGAUCCUCUUGAUUAGUUGUUCUCAAGGGACCACAGUCACUGCAGCUGUAUGAAGUUGCCAUGCUGUGAGCAGCAUCACCUUGGUGUCGGUUAACAAUUAAGAAUAAAUCAUGGAAAUUCCAAUGAGUCCUUUAUUGUAGUAUCAUCUAAAUUUCCAGCUUCCUACUGUUUCAUUGAUUCUGUUUGUGUUGACUGUCGUGUCAUUCCAGUGUUUUCAAAUAAAGUUCUUU